CUAUUGAGUUUUUGACCACAUUCUCAGUAGACCGUCAGGCCGUUCCACCAUGUAAAGGCUGGAAGUGCAGCAUUUUUUCGGGAUUAUAUUAGUCUUUUUUUUUUCUUUUUUUUUGCAAGAUUUGUUGAUUAGCUGAGUGUGGAGCCAUGGAGUUGUGCGUGUGCAGAUGUUUGAGAGGAAUUUGGCUUCUGCUACAUCUGACAGCAUGCGUGGCAGGUAUGACGGGGAGAUGCAGCCUCUUUGGACGACACCACAUCCACACCUUCGACGGGGUUUUGUACCAGUUUCCCGGCGACUGCAGCUACCUCUUGGCUGGGGAUUGCAGACAUCGCUCCUUCACUCUGCUGGGUGAUUUUGUCGGGGGCAAAAGAACCGGAGUCACGCUGUUUCUCGAGGACAUCUUUGAGCUGCAUCUGUCUGUCGACGGAAGACUCUCUCAGGGAGAAAUUAGACUUAAUCUGCCGUACGCAUCGCACGCCGUGUUUGCCGGCCAGGAGCUGGGAUUCUACAAGCUGUGGAGCGAGGAGUUUGGCUUCACGGUGACCAUCGACAACGCGGCCAACGUCGCACUGACACUCAACAAACACCACGCCAACCACACCUGCGGCCUCUGCGGUAACUUCAAUGCGGCAACGGCUGAUGAAUUCACUGCUCAAGAAGGAUUCCUCACAGAGGAUAGCUAUGACUUUGCUAAUUCAUGGGCGGUGAAAGGGGCACGACAAGCCUGCAGACGCAUCUCUACUCCCAGUCUGUCCUGCAACAGCUCCAAAGACACUUCAGAGAUUCUGUCCAGCUGCAGCGUGUUGCAAACAUCUGCCGUGUUCCUGCACUGCGCCCACUUGGUAUCACCCGAGGCCUUCCUGUCCCUGUGCCAGGAGGAGGUGUGCCACUGCGGCCAGGGCGACAGCGAAGAUUGCUACUGUCCAGUCCUUCUCGAAUACGCCCGCACGUGUCACGCCCACGGGAUGCUUUUACACGGGUGGCAGCAGGAGAGUGAAUGCUUUCCCAAAUGUCCUAUUGGAAUGCACUACAGCGAAUGCACCAAGUCCUGUUCCACAACCUGCCAUAGUCUCAACAUCCAGGAGGUCUGCAAAGAAGAGUGUGUGGAUGGAUGCAUAUGCCCUGCGGGUAAAGUGUUGGACGGUAACCGCUGUGUGGAGGUGUCUCAGUGUUCCUGCGUGCACAUUGGGCGACACUUUCCUCCUGGCUCCACCAUGUCUCAGGAUUGCAACACCUGUGUGUGUCGACACGGCUCGUGGGAAUGCACCAAUGAAGGUUGCCCCGGUGAGUGCCUGGUGGUGGGUCAGUCCCACUUCAAGACCUUUGACAACAAGUUCUUCACCUUCACGGCCCCGUGUCAGUACCUGCUGGCCCAAGACUGCACAGAGCAUGAAUUUUCUGUCAUUAUUGAAAAUGUGCAGUGCGCAGACGAUCAGGAGGCUGUGUGUACCCGCUCUGUGACCCUCAGUCUCCCCACUCUGGAGGACAUGACAGUGAAGCUAAAGCACGGAGGAAUGGUUUCUGUCAACGGCAUGGACAUCCAGACCCCAAUGCACCACGGUCACCUGCAUAUCCAGAGAUCUGUCCAGUCAUCUGUGGUUCUAAAAUUUGGAGCUAACCUGCGUCUUAACUGGGAUGGGAGGGGCCGGGUGCUCUUAAAGCUCAGCCCACGCUGGGCGGGGCGGACUUGCGGCCUGUGCGGUAACUACAACGGUAACCAAGGCGACGACUUCAUGUCCGCAUCCGGGCUGGUCGAGGCAGGCCCGCUGGCAUUCAGUCAGUCCUGGAGAGUUAGUGGCGACUGCAAGUCCACCCACAAAUCCGUGACUGAUCCCUGUGCCGUCAACCCCAAAAGAGUUCGUUUUGCAGAGGAAGGCUGCUCCAUGAUGAUGUCCGAUGUGUUCAGCCCAUGCCACUUCCUGGUCAAUCCGGCUCCUUUCCAACGGUUCUGUCGUCAUGACGUAUGUUCGUGUGUUGAUGGCGAGGAGUGCCUCUGCUCCGCCCUGGCCUCCUAUGCAGCUGCUUGCACUGCCAAAGGGGUGCUGCUCCACUGGCGCUCUCCGUCGCUCUGCCAGAUGGAGUGCACCAAAGGCCAGGUGUACGAGGCUUGCGGGAGCCUGUGUGACCGCAGCUGCCAGUCCUUGUCUGGAGCAGAGGCCAGAUGCGGAGUGGAGAGGGUGUGCGAGGAGGGUUGUUUUUGCCCCGCUGGAAAGUACCUGAGCGACUCCGGAGAGUGUGUGACGUCAGACCACUGCAAAUGCCUGCAUGACGGACAGCUGUACCAGCCCAGUGACGUCUAUGCCGAUCACAGCAGCAUCUGCUACUGCGAGAAUGGGUCCAUGCAUUGCAGCUCAGCCGAAAUGAGCCAUUUGCUGUCCAAUCUCUUCUAUGACGAUGACCUGGCACCCUCCAGAGAGAGGCGCUCCACACAGUGCCUCCCUCCACUGGUCCAAGCAAAGUGUGAAGCAGGAGAAAAAGGCCUGGAAUGUGCCAAAAACUGCCAGAAUGCAGACCACUUAUGUGUCGCCCUUGCCUGUAUCCCCGGCUGCCUAUGUCCACCCGGCACAGUAAGCCAUGACGGAGGCUGCAUAGUGCCAGAGCAGUGCCCUUGUUACUAUAACGACAAGUCUUAUGCGUUGGGAGAAAGCAUACCAAUGGACUGCAACACUUGCGUAUGCGAGAAACAAAAGUGGCGCUGCACCGAUAGGUUUUGUGAUAGGGUAUGCCGCACCGUGGGGGAGGCUCACUACAUCACCUUUGACGGGCUGAAAUACUCCUUUCCCGGUCUCUGCCAGUAUGUCUUGGUCCAGGACAUGUGUAAUGGAGAAGAGGGGACCUUCAGAGUGCUUGUGGAAAAUGAAGCCUGUGGCAUUGUGGGACAUCGCUGUGCCAAGUCGGUGUCUGUCUACUACCAGGGAGGAUUGAUUGUCCUGCAAAAUAAAGAGGUGCAGAUGAAAACACCAGUACCACAGAGUGCACAGGUGGAGAUCAUCCGAUUGGGUCAAUUCUACACACUGUUGCUGGGGAAACACAUUUCCCUUAGCUGGGACAUGGGAACCCAACUCCUGGUCCACCUAUCGGCUGAAUACAGGAGUCGGGUGUGUGGUCUGUGUGGCAACUUUGAUGGGAACGUGAAUAACGACCUAGUUAGCAGUAACAAUCAGCUGGAGGUGGACUCUUUGCACUUUGGGAACUCUUGGAAGGUUGCUCCUAGCUGUGCUGAUGUCAUGCAGGUACCUGCUCCCUGCGCUAACAACAUCAUCAGACGGGUAACAGUUGAGCAGUCAUGCCACGUGCUUACCAGUCCCAUCUUUAAAAAGUGCAACAACCAGGUGGAUGCAGAGCCAUACGUCGAGAUGUGCGUGGAAGCGGCGUGCACCUGUCCAUCAGUGGGCAACUGUGCUUGUUUUUGUGAUGUCCUCGCGGCCUACGCUCAGGCUUGUUUGCAGAAGGGUGUAUCUGUCAGCUGGAGAUCCAAUGAGCUUUGCCCGAUGAGCUGUGAGGAGUUGAACCCGAAGAGUCCAGCUACAGGAGAGGAGUUAUGCCAGUGGAGGUACAACACUUGUGGCCCUGCUUGUCCCGUCACCUGCCAGCACCCCGAUCCCCUCCAGUGCUUCCUCACAUGUGUGGAAGGAUGUCAUGCUUACUGCCCACCAGGCCAACUGUUGGAUGAAGUGGACAUGAGGUGUGUUGAUCCCGAUGAGUGUCAGGUGUGCAUCCACGAGGGUCAGAGAAUCUCCAACGGCAACAAAGUCAUCAUCAGCCGUUAUGACCCCGCCCACUGCGAAAUAUGUCACUGCGAAGACAGCAUACUAAUCUGCAAGGCUUGCACCGCCGCACCAACCCUUCCCUCCGCCACCUUCACAACCAUCCCCAUGACCACCAUGACGCCCGAGGGGAUGUGCGAUCGUGCCAUGGAUCUGGUUUUCUUGUUGGACGGCUCCAGGGCGCUGAGCAAGACAGAGUUUCAGGACACUAAAAACUUUAUAUUGGGAGUGGUUGAGCGGUUCCGCAUGGGCUCGGCUCACACUCGAGCCACUGUGCUGCUUUACUUCGCUAAAGUCGAACCUUGUGACUUACAGGUUCAGAAAUGGCUGUUUAAGAAGACCGUGCACGAGCGGCACUACGCCGGAGACAAUACCGCCUCCUUGGAUGAGGCAAUUAAAUAUCUGUCUUACAACAUCUACGACAAGAACAAACGGGAGGACGCCGGGCGUGUCGCUGUCAUCCUAACGGCCAGCGCCAACCCUCAGCCCCUCGGCCCGUUCAUCAGAAUGCUCCGCAGGAGGAGCAUCACCACACUGACGGUGGCCCUCGGUCCCGGUGUGAACAUUAUGCAAAUUAACGAAAUCACAAAGGCCAACCCCGAGAACAGGGCCUACAUGCUGGGUAGCACGGCCGAGCUGCCCGAUCGCCUUUUAGAAUUUACCGACUAUCUUUGCACUUUGGGGCGAGAGCCAAAGUCCAGUACGACAACCACGACCCGCUCUCCUCGUCCGGAACCCAUCCCUACCAAACACUUCACCACCACUUCUACCGCCCCCUCCAUCUUGUCUCCAACCACCACCACACCGUCCUCUUUCCUACCUCCGACCAAGGAAGUGACGUUCAUUGUUGAAGGCUCUGAUUCAGUCGGGGAGGCCAACUUCAAAAAAUCCAUCUUGUUCCUGGAGGAAGUUGUGAAGCAGCUGUUCCAAAUGGAGGAGUUCAUCUACAUUACCGUGAUCCAGUACUCGGUCACGGUGACCGUGGAGAUCCGCCGCUGGGAUCUGAGGUACCAGAGGAUGCUGCUGCUACAGCGUCUCAGGGAGAUUACUUGGCGGGGUGGAAGCAAAACGAACACGGGUGCCGCCGUGGAGACAGUCUUUCAGGGCACAGCAGUUGUCCCACCUUCACGCGGUCCCGUCCCUCCGCAGCUAGUCUUCCUGGUGACGGAGAACCCGCCCACAGACACGGUGAGGCGGCCACCGUCCACGAGCACCCAAACGUACAUAUACCCCAUUGGUGUCGGCUCCAAAGUGCGGGAGGUGGACUUGUUCCCCUUCAGCGCACCGCAGCGUCCAAUUGUGGUGACGAACUACACGCAUCUCUACAAACUGGUCCACCGCAUUGUCAACAUCACACGCACUACAGUUACGCCGCGCUUUGCCACGCUGUUGCCCAUGGUCCACCCCACGCUCGCCAGCCUCCCGCCCACAGUGCCUUGUAAGACACCCAUGGAUGUGCUUUUCCUGUUGAAGUCCGGAGGGCAGUUUGACGACAUGAAGACUUUUGUAAAAGCCUUCAUCAACACAAUGGAUAUAGGUUCAAAUAGGACUCAGGUGAGCAUGAUCCAGUAUGGUGACACAAUCACCACAGAGUUCACCUGGGUUGAAGAACAGAUCAAGUCACACCUCAUCCGCCUGGUGGACAAGAUUCCCAGCAGGAGAACAGCGCCCCCUGCACUCGGCUCAGCACUAAGGUACGCUGUCCAGGCAGCGAUUAAAUGGGGGAGAGUGGGCGUGGCCAAGGCUGUGGUGAUGAUAGUGACAGAUAAGUCGACUGAUCGGGUCCAAGAAGCAGCAAACGAGGCACUGGCGGCAGGUGUGUCGGUGUUCCCCAUCGGUGUGGGUCCAGACUACGACCAGAACGAGCUGGCCACUGUCAGCCACAAACAAGACAACAGCCUCCACCUAAUGAGUAUGGAUCAGUUACGGAUGCUGCUGACUUUGGACCGCGGUUACGCAGAGAGAAUCUGCAGAGCUGGUCCACCAGGAGUGUGCGUUGAUGACAGUGGCAGAGAGAGAAAACCUGGAGAGUCGUGGCUGCUGGAGGACGGCUGCCAUUUGGUGCUGUGCCAUCCCAGCGGUGAAGUAACCAUGCAGAACCACAAAGUAAGCUGCGAUAGACAGGAGCCGCCGGCUUGCAGGAACAACAUGCUGCCUGUGAAAGUCCAGGAGGCCUGCAGGUGCCAUUGGGAAUGCCCAUGCAUUUGCAUUGGGAGUUCCACCAAUCACGUGGUGAGAUUUGACAGCUUGCCACUCAGGCUGGACGCAGAGGGCCUGUGUUCCUACACCCUCCUCACUGUCAGCGGGAGUUCGGAGGUCACGCUCCACAACGGACCUUGUCAGAACUCGGCAAAGUACAGCCAGGUCUGCAUGAAAGCCAUCGAGGUCACGCACGGGUCACGUAAACUCCUACUGAAGGAUGAUAUGACGGCAAUAAUUGGUCAAGAAGAGAUUUCACUACCGUGGAGGCACGCAGGUCUGGAGCUGAUGAAAUACGGAGGACUGAUGUUCCAACUCAAGUCCGACCAGGGUUACGUUUUGACGUUCACGCCGCAGAGCAACGAGUUCACCAUCACGCUGCUCAGUGCCAGUAUCAGCAGCCACACUGCUGGACUCUGUGGCGCCUGUGGGGACCAAUCCAUCAACGUUCUCUCCUUGCGUAACGGCAGCCCCACCUCCGACCAGAUGACAUUCAUCUCCGACUGGACGGUGGCCGCUGACGGGGGCGUGUGCGUGGCAAAAGGGAAGGUGAUGUGCGCCUCCAGGGCGGCCAUAGGAUGCCAGGCCCUGCGCUCGCAGGUGUUCGAGGCCUGUCAUGCGCACAUACCUGUCCUAAACUUCCUCACCAAAUGCGAGGAGCAGGCGUGCGAGGAUUCGGACGUAUGCAAGCUCAUUUCUGCGUACGCACUCCUGUGUAGACAGAGGGGUGUGUGUGUAGACUGGAGAAGGCCUCACAUAUGCCCUUUAUCUUGCCCCGCCACCAUGGAGUACAGUGCGUGCCGCACGGGCUGCUUGGAGAACUGUGACAGCGCACAGUCAUUACGGGGUGACUGGUCACUUUCCACGGGUAACGAGUCAUCGUGCACAGACACACCCACCGAGGGCUGUUUCUGUCCUGGGGGGACGGUUCUGCAUCAGGGAGUGUGUGUGUCACCAGAGAAGUGCAAGCAGUGUGUGGACCAUCGCGGACGCUCAUAUCAGUAUUUACAGAGUUGGGUACCGGAUGACAACCCAUGUUUGAUUUGCUUGUGUUUGGACCGACAACACAUCAACUGCACCGCCCGACCGUGCAAUGACGUGAAAGCACCGGUGUGCGGAGCCUGCGAGGUGCUGAAAGAGAAGAGAGAAUCCAAGUGCUGCCCGGAGUAUGAAUGCGUGUGUGAUCUGUCAAGCUGUGAUCUUCCCGAGCCCCCCCGCUGUGUGGACGGUGAAGUGCCGGUUCUGAAAAACCCGGGAGAAUGUCAAGCUAUACACGAGUGCGUUUGCAAAAAGCAGUACUGCCCUUUCAGUCCCACCCCACUCUGCAGCCCCCAUCGCCAGCUGACAGUCAAAAAGACAAAGUGCUGCGAUGUGUUCGAGUGCUCGUGUAGGUGCCAGAACUCCACCCGCACCUGCCCGGCCGGCUUCAUCACGGCCUCCAAGACGGACGACUGCGGCUGCACUGAGACAAGCUGCCUGCCAGAUAAAGUGUGUGUAAUGGGCAACGUGGUCCAUGCGGUGGGCAGCAGUUGGGAUGAGGGAUGCGAGAAGUGCAGGUGCAGCCAACUACAGGACAAGGCAACUUCACUGCUUGUUGCUCAGUGCUCUACGCCAGUGUGCCAACGGAACUGCCCCCUGGGUUCGACAUACACUCUGUCCAGGGGAGAAUGCUGCGGGAAGUGCAGACAAACCAGCUGUGUGGAGUCAGAUGGAGAAAUGCGAGGGGACGCUCUGAUCACAGGAACACUUAGACAGGUGGGGGACCAAUGGCAGUCUUCCAUCAACAAAUGUGUCAUAUACCAGUGCGAGAGGGUGAAGGGCGAGUUGUUCAUUUCUUCGACCAACAUCAGCUGCUCCGCGAUGGAAACGCCGUCUUGCCCGCUGGGUUCUGAGCUACGCUGCGACACGCAGGACUGCUGUCCCCGCUGCCACUGUGUUCCUUUAGAUGCCUGCGUCGUGAACCACACGCUCAUUGGUGCAGGAGAGACGCUGAUGAUGGACAUGUGCACACACUGUGAAUGCAUCGUGGAGGGUGGUCUCAUCAAGAAACACCGGCUCUCCUGCACGGGAACCACCUGUGUUCCUUGUCCCAUGGGAUACACGGCACAGAAAGAAGAAGGCACUUGUUGUGGUCGCUGUGUUCCCACUACAUGCUUUUUCAGAAUGCCCGAUGGGAGGCAAAUGAGUGUGCAGGUGAACACCACAAAGGAGGAAGGCUGCAAACAAUUCACUUGUGGCAUCAACAGCGAAGAAGACCUGAUCCUUAAUAUCCUAACGACUGCCUGCCCGCCUUUCAACCGCCAAUCAUGCCUUGAACAGGGGGGGACUGUGAAACAGAUUGGAUCUACAUGCUGUGAGAUGUGUACUGAGUCAGAGUGUCGGAGUACGGUGGGAACACUGAACUAUGUCAAAGUGGACAACUGCCAAUCAGAGCAGCAGAUUGAAUUGCACUACUGCGAGGGUAAAUGUCGCAGUAAGUCCAUGUACUCCCUGCAGAGGGCCGCGGUGGAGCAGGAGUGUGUGUGUUGCGUCGCCACGGAGACAGAGCCCGUCAGCGUUCCCGUCCUGUGUGCCAACGGAACCCGCGGCUACCACACAGUCCUGUCUGUCACCGCAUGCAACUGUCAGUCCAAACAAUGCACCUAGAAGGCAACAGAAGCUAGUUAUUAUACUUUUGUUGACCUGCUUGUCUAUAUCCAAGACCAAUGUACCCGUAUUAAACAACACACAACUUAUAAUAAAACAAGACAGUCAGUUUUUCCCUUUC